GAGUUCGUCCUGUACAGAUCAAUUGCACCUAGGAUUUCUGCUUGUCAUUGUUGAUUGUGCAGAGUGCCAGGGAGAGUCUGUCCCCAUUUUAUAUCAACCCAGGAUUGAGGACUGUUGUCAUACUGCCAUUUACUGGUAUUGAGGCCACACCACAGCAUAAAUCUUAUGGGAUGUACCUUGGUUGAAUCUGGAUUGUACACUUUUUGCAAAACGGAUUGUAUCAUGCCAACGACACAGUAACAGAUUGUGCUGAUGUACAAAUGUACGUGCUUCUAAACUUUGCAUACCAACCAACAAUAUGUGAUGUCAGCAGUGGCGCACUGGAGGACAUAUAUCAUAUGAAUGUGUAAUAGUGAAUAUGCCCAUCUGAUGUGAAAUCAACCAUGACAAACUGGUGCUGAGUGAUAUUUUCACCGUGUUUAGAACAAUUGUUAAUGUAAAUUCAUCUGGAUGCAACUUACUUCAGAACUACACACAUUAGCCAAUGGUUAGCCAAUUGGUUAUAUUUGCUAUCUAAGAAGGCUUCCUGUUGCAGACACAAUUUGUCAGUGGUAACUUCACUGACAUCUGAUAGAGUAUGCUACAUUUUUAGCUGUUGGAGCCUGUUGCUUUUUGCUGCUAUUGCUACCAAAAAAAAACCACCCAAAAUUGUAAAUGCUCGCUACGUACAUGUAUGUGCUUGAUAUAGUGAUACAUGUACAUGUACACAACAUAAAGUGAGAGUUGCAAACAACGUUAGUACACUGUGUAAUGUUGCACCACAAAUCUAUAUGUGCAUGUGUACAGAGCCAACAAGUUGUUGAAUACAGCUAUAAUGCAGAGAUAGAGUGCUAUGGGAGUACAUGUGAGUGAAGCGACGACUCAGAACCAACUCAGAAACCCGCUGUGUAGGAAGAGACGACUUAUUUACUGCAGUUUUAGUUUAGUGGUGGUCCUCACCAUGUCUUCCAUGGUAGUGGUGACAUUGCUCCUGCUGGGGGUCAUCCCGGCAGGUCAUGGGGAGCAGGAAGGUUGCGAUGGUGACAUCCUCAAGGAACUUGAUGCCUUAGAUGAUAUGCUUCAAGUCUCCACAGCGGCCCCAGUGCUAAGCUUAGAUGAGCAAAAGUUGGAGCACAAGCCUAAAAAGCUGACCCAGUCCAAACUCCGUGAGAUUGCAGCGUUGACUGACAUCGAUCGGUUUAUGGGCCCUGAAAGGCUAGAUCCUAUCCUAAAAGAAAGGGUUCCAGGAACGCCAGGAAAUGCUGAAGUUAGACAGUACAUCGUCUCCAGUCUUCAAGGCCUGCAGAGUUGGGACAUUGAGGAGAACAGGUUCUCGGAGUGGACGCCUCACACCAGGGCCAACACGGAAUUCGUGAACAUCAUCGCCACGCUGCGCAACGCCAACGCCCAGCCGGAGUCGGACCUGAAGCUGGUCCUUGCCUGUCACUAUGACAGCAAGUACUACCCCGGUCACACCUUUGUCGGUGCCACCGACUCGGCCGUACCUUGCGCCAUGCUGCUGGACCUGGCACACAACUUGAAGGCUUCACUAGAUGCCAAGACAUACAUGCCGUACACACUCCAGCUCAUCUUCUUUGACGGGGAGGAAGCGUUCAUUCGAUGGACCAGCACCGACUCCAUCUACGGCUCCCGACACCUGGCCCAGAGAUGGGCUGAUCUACCCCACCACUCGGUCAACAACAAGAAAAUCAUCGAUGGAAUUGGUCUUUUUGUUCUGUUGGACCUUCUCGGGGCACCCUCUCCGAAAUUCAAUAAUUUUUUCUCGGGAAAUCCCCAGAGUGACCGAAUGUACAAGCACCUUCAGAAUAUAGAACGCCGUUUAGCUCAGAACAAUGAGCUGAUUUCUUACUCUAACGACGGUCCUUAUUUCAACGGGGCUACCUACCGAGGGAUGAUUGAGGACGACCAUAAGCCGUUCCUCAAUCGAGGUGUGGACGUCGUGCACGUUAUCGCCUCACCAUUCCCGCCCGUCUGGCACCAACCCAACGACAACAAGUCCAACCUGAACCGCAACACCAUCUCCAACCUCAACAAGAUUUUCCACGUCUUCGUGGUGGAGUUCCUGCACCUGAAGCCCCCCGAAUGACAUACAACGCCGGUCAACCCUAGCCCGCACCAGCUGCACUCCGGCACGCCGCCGCUGCUCAAACCGACGCACAGCGCUUUUGUAUUGUGUUCGUUGUCGCUUGUCCGCUUUUGUGCCUAGGUUUUGCAGUUGGCUAGGGUUACCGGCCCAAACUGAGUAAUAAGAGAAAACAAAAAUUGCAUUUAGAGGACAGUUGCUAUGGUGAAAUUAAAUAUCUGCCUUGAUUGCCAUCAAGUUGAAAAGUUUUUAAGAACUUUUUAAGCUUAUAUUCAGUAAAACACUCAAAUACCUUUAAAAGUUCAGAAAAGCUGGGAACAAAAUUUCAAUACAUUCUUAACUCCUUAGGCAUUUUUUUGCCAGAAAACUUCCGAACUUAAUGUCUGGGAUCAUUCCACUUAAUAUUUACACGAACAGUGCAAACGUUUUGAAUAAUUUAACAUUGGCUGUUUACAAAAAAAGGUUUGAUAAUGUUGGCAACAUUUGAUUGAAUUGAACACACUCCUGGGCACAAUUUCACGGCGCUGCUAAGCACACGAUCUUCUGCUAAAAGAGCCUCCAUCUAUUUCAUGGAGUCCGUAAGCAUAAGCACAGCAAAAGGCAUGCUUUACUUCAAAGGAAAAAUUUGCUAAACUUAGUGACGUAACAAUAGAAAUCUCUCCACGCGCGCACGACUGUAGCACAUCCACGCCUUGAAAUAGUGCUUAAGGCUGGCAAAUUUUUCCGCUAUGCUAAGCACAAGUUUUCUGCUAACUGUUAAGCAACGUCGUGAAAUUGGGCCCAGCUCAAUAAGCUAAUGGCAAUUUUUUCGAUUUGUCAAAUUUCAAGUGGUUCCAAGUCCAGUGUGCAAAAAAGAAUUAGGGACUGUAAUCUGCAUUCAGAAAUCCUUCAAACAUCUUCAAAACCUCCCGGUAGAGUUUGAAGACUCUAGGAUGGUUUAAGGGUUGGCGUAUCCACAUGCGAAACCACUAGUCAAAUUAAGCAAUCUUUAAACAUAAGCAAUUUUACCAAGUUUAAAAUUAAUAAAGAAAAAUCACCACAGCAACUGCCCGUGAGAUACAGUCUCACUAUUUACUCAAAGUGCAUGAUGGGAUUGCAUGUCACAUGAUCGACUUAUCCAGGUUACAUUGCACGGAUUUAUCGUAAUCAGAAUAAGGGUGUGAUUCUUAUUGCAAAUUUUGGGCGGGUAACCAAUAUGUUAUUCAAUGUUUUAGUAAUAAUAACAUUUUUUAUUUUUAUUUUUGAGAGUAAUAAUGAGCAAGUGGUAGAACAAAUACUACCUCAUGAUUCUGCGCAAAUUUCAUGGAGCCAUCUGUUAAGCAGAAAAUUCAUCACAGAAAUUGUUUAGCAAUAUUUACUAAGCAAAAACAGAUUAUUAACCAAAGUGUCAUUCGCUGGAUACUUGUUUUUAGUUGUACCUUUUUCUUGCUUAUCCGCUCCAUGAAAUUGAGGGCUGCCUUUUUUGGCCCCCAAAGUGCAAGGUAUUUGAAAAGCCAAGUUCGGUUUGUACGCUACAAUCUGCCAUUUUACAAAUAAAAAGAGAAUGUGUUUUAACGCCGUUUAUUUUUGUGAUACAUUAUAUCAAUACAGUGUGUGUUUUUUGGACGUCUUGCAUUACUGGAGUAUAUAGAGCAGCUAUCAGCAUUUGUCGUUUAAAAGAAAACAGGCAUCCAGAAUUUAAAACGUAACAUAGAAUUUCCGGGGUUUGUUCUCAACCGAAUUUCAUGACGCCGCUUAACGAUUAGUCGUCAAGUUAUGCUAACUACGGCAGACAAAAAAUAAAAGCAUUAUCUUGAGGCCUAGACCUGCUCAAACUGCCGCAAGUACGGAAGUAAAUAAAUUGCAACAAACGGAAAUUGUGCCAAAUUUACGUCGCGUUUUCUUCAAAAUAUUUCUUCAAAAUUCUUUUGAAUAGCCGAGCGAACAACAAAUCUGAAUUCAAAUAUUUCAUCCUCCUCAUUGAAGCUCAAGAUAGGGUCAUGAUCUAUAAAUUGAGAAAAAAAUUAUUAAUUUUUUUUACUGUUAUUUGAACGUUUUUAUUUACUUGAGGAUUUAUUUCUAACAUAUGUGUAGAUGUGCUUGUUCGCCUGUUUUAGAUGUAAAUUGAUAAAUGUUUUACAAGUGUUCGUACGAGCUGCAUUCAUAAAAUUCAAAUAUUCAAAUGAGUUUUUGCUACUAGCCUUCAAACAUUCCCCAUGUAUAAAAUAGGUUGAACCGAGCAAACUUGUAUCAUACAGCAUUAUAUAAACAUCUAUAACAUCAUGUAAAUUGGGAAAUUAUUUAUAUUUUAUUAACAUAUUUAUGAUGCAUAACUUUUUUUAAAAACCCACAAUUUUUUUUGGUUUUAUGAUUAAUUGGAGCAUUAAGUAAAGUUUUUGCUAUUAAGUUCUUGUCAAGUUGUGAAUAGCAAUAAGCCAGCUACCCAUUCUUCCCCGGCCAAAUCCAUUGAGCACAUUGGCUUUGUCAGCCUCUCACCCAUACAACCUUUUUAAAUAAUACUAGUUAUGAGACGUUCCGAACACCAUGUUGUAAAAAUAGUAGAGGAUUUGCAUGGUUUAUCAAAGGCCAAAUAUAUUUUACGUCCAAGAAAAAUCUGGAAAACAAUAAAACAAAGUUUUGGCAAAGAA